CCGUCUUUAUUUUCAGGAAAGGAAUGCAGAGGCUGAAUGGGGUGCUUUGUUUUUAUGGUUUAAAGUUACAGUGCAGCAUUUUUUCCUCAUUUUAACUCUUCAAAUCUCUUCUAUCUCUCUGGCUGUUUGUCCUGCACACAGAAUAUUAUAGUUCAUCGAAAGAUCAAAUCUUUGGCACUGCUUAAAGUGUUCAUACGGCAUGAUGAUACUGAAGCUUUUUGCCUCUUGCAUGUCACUUCUUUGCAGUCUAUUUAAUGCAUUAGUGCUGUGUAUGCACCCAAUCUGUCAUUUUCACAUGAAUCCAUCACUUUUUGAUGAAGAGAGGUUCAAGUCUGUCCUCUAGAAAUUAGUGCUGCUCGUUUGUGGCACAGCUGACAGGAUGAAAGUUUUUAUCUGGGUCACAAACAGACCGAACAGACUGAAAACAUGAUUGCGAAUGAGUGAUGACUAACUUGUAUAAUAAACUUAAAUGUUUUUAUUCUGAAAGUUGGAAACUAGGAUAGAAAAUUAUCCAACGCAGCAUAUGCCUCCACCAGAGCCUGUAUAAUGUGUAACUGUCUGCUCUAUGGAGAUUAUUACGUACACUUCUUGUCUUUCAGAAUGAAAAUCACAGAUAUGAAAACAUCUCAAGGUAUCCGAAUACGAUGCAAAGCUGCUACAGCUGCUUUUGGAGACAGACAGGAUGUGGAUGACAAACGUCGUAGUUCUUUGUCUGCUGGCCCUCGUGGUCUCUGCAGAGGAGAAGAAAUUGAGCAGCCACGCCACCACUCUGGCUGAUAACAGCGCCAAUCUGGCGUUCAGCCUCUACCACAACAUGGCGAAGGAGAAAGACACAGAGAACAUCCUCAUCUCUCCCGUGGUAGUGGCCUCCUCCCUGGGGAUGGUGGCUCUCGGUGGCAAGGCCGCCACCGCCUCCCAGGUCAAAACCGUCCUCAGCGCUGACAAACUGAAGGAUGAGCAUCUGCAUGCAGGCCUGUCCGAGCUGCUCUCUGAGGUGAGCGAUGCCAAAACGCGCAACACCACCUGGAAGAUCAACAACCGCCUCUACGGCCCCAGCUCCGUCUCCUUUGCUGAUGAGUUUGUGAAAAGCAGCAAGAAGCACUACAACUACGACCACUCGAAGAUAAACUUCAGAGACAAGAGGAGUGCGGUGAACUCCAUCAACGAGUGGGCGGCCAAGUCCACAGAUGGCAAGCUGGCGGAGGUCACCAAGGAUGUUCAGAACCCAGAUGGAGCCAUGAUUGUCAAUGCCAUGUUCUUCAAGCCUCACUGGGAUGAGACAUUCAAUGAUAAAAUGGUGGACGACCGUGUUUUCCUGGUCACCCGCUCAUUAACCGUUGCAGUUCCCAUGAUGCAUCGCACAGGUCUGUAUGACUUCUACGAGGACAAAGAGAACAAUGUCCUUGUGCUGAACAUGCCUCUGGGCCAGAAGCAGGCCUCUAUGAUCUAUAUCAUGCCCCACUACCUGGAGCCCCUGAAGCGCCUGGAGAAACUCCUGACCAGGAAGCAGGUGGACACCUGGAUCAGCAAGUUGGAAAACAAGGCUGUGGCCAUUUCCCUCCCCAGAAUCGCAGUGGAAGUCAGCCACAACCUGCAGAAACAUCUGGCAGAUCUUGGCCUGACCGAUGCUGUGGACAAAGCCAAGGCCGACUUGUCCAACAUCUCCGGAAAGAAGGACCUCUACCUGUCCAACUUCUUCCACGCGUCAGCCCUGGAGAUGGACGUGAAAGGAAACCCGUUCAACGCCAGCAUCUACGGCUCCGGCAAGCUGAGCGACCCAAGACUAUUCUACGUAGAUCACCCCUUCAUUUUCCUGGUGAAGGACAACAAGACCAACUCCAUCCUGUACAUCGGCCGAGUGGUUAGACCUAAAGGAGACAAGAUGCGUGACGAGCUGUGAUUUCAGUGUUGUGAAUUGUGUCGGGUAGCUUUGUUAUUUCUGAAACGAUGGCAGGAAACUGUGUGUGUUUUUGGUUUGACUGUUACCUCAUGAGCACAUUCCAAUAGGCAACCUGUGGACCGGAGCUGACACUAAACUUUCCCAGGGAACAAUUCUGUCAUGUCUCAGCCUUAUUAAGCCCCCUUUGCAGUGAAUAUGUUGUCAGUUACAAAUAUCAUGUGCCUCAUUUGAGAUCUCCACAAACAAACGGCAGACAACAUGCUUAUAUUAAGUAAGUUUUCUUUACACCCUGUUUUUGCCAGUGCAGUAUCGCUUCGGCUAUGUGUGUUUUCUUGCAUCAUCUUUAAUGUUUAAAGACAAAAAGAUCUUUGCAACAAUCUCUUUCCUGUCACGCACCUCCCUCCAGUCUGCACUGAAUUGUUCCCCUGCACGAGCUGAGCCUGCAGAGGAAAGCUGGCAAAAGUCUGGUGUUUUAAUUCAUGUUCACUUGCCAUCUGUGUCAUUGUGUUGCUGUAGCAGGUAUAUCCCACAAAAAAAGCUGUUGGAAUUGUGUGAUUAAACAAAAAUGUGUUGAUUUUUCAAUAAAAAUAACAAAGAGGA